UCCUAAUGGUCAUCUAUGUACUGUUGGUGAGUGUGGUAAACCCAUGGAGAAGGGUUACUGUCCAGAGUGUAAAGCAGAAAUAGGCGGCCAAAAACACAUCAGUGUUAAAGACUUCAACCCCACGAACAUACAAGGGGACCGCACUCAGUUUGGACAUAUUCUUGGUGACGCACAACGUCGUGACCAGCCUGACAUGCAGGACACUGAGAAUAUGUCACCUGCCCAUUUUGCUCUUCUCAGACUGCUCACACACAUGUCCAUGCUGCUGGGAACUCGAAACAACCUACAGAGUGUCAUGCAGAUCAUCAAGCCUGCUGUGCCGGAUCCCGGGCCGUUCCUGAUGGCCCAUCUGUUGAAGGACAUGGAGCAGCUGAGCAGAGCUCUGGAUAAAGGAGUGGAUGAUACGGUCAGUACCAUCCAUUUGACCAUCCACAGUCUACUGGAACCCCAUCAGACCAGCCAGAGGUCUGCUCCUUAUGAUAAAACCCUUUCCUCUAAAGAUGCAAGAAAUGGAUGGGAAAAUGCCAUGAAUACUGAUGUCAUUACACAUCAAUUGAAGGUUCUAGAUUAUCAGCUAAAGGAAGUGAAUGAAUUCAUCAGGAAAGACGAGCGAGUGUUUUCUAAUCCAGUGAUGAAGCUGAUGUUUGGGAAACCAGAGCCUUUCAUGUGCUCUUUGCCUCAGAACUUCCUUAUCCAUAAUUCAUCCAUCUGGAGCUGCAGGAGGAAGGUCUCGUUGUUGAGUCUGGCCCACACUGUGGAGCAGAACAAUGGCCGGGACACCAUACCUAUACUCUGGAGGUUCCUUCAGAGGGAAGCAGAGUUACGACUAGUGAGGUUCCUUCCUGACAUCUUGGUUCUCCAGAGGGAUUUGGUAAAGAAGUUCCACAACAUGACAGACCUAACCUUCAAAACCAUAGGAGAGUUUCUGGAUGGCCAUAAAGAAGCUUCACUGGCUUGGUAUGAUAAGUCCAUAAACAUCUUCUUGUCAACAUGGAACCAACUCAGGGUAUCUCUGGCCACCAGAGGAGAGAUAAAGCUGCCGGCUGAAUACACUCAGGAGGAUCUGGGUCUGGACGCUGACCUGCAGGUGCUGCUGCCGCAGAGACGUGGUCUGGGCCUAUGCUCCACUGCCCUCAUCAGCUACCUCAUCGCCCUUCACAAUGACCUUGUGUACACUGUGGAAAAACACACCGGAGAGGAGUCUGGCUACACGGUAAGCCCAGCGGACCUGACGGAGCUGCAUGUGAUCCGUUAUGAGUAUGAGCGGGACCUGCUGCCUCUGAUACUGUCCAACUGCCAGUACAGCAUGGAGCGCGGACAAGAAACACUGAUGGAGUGCGACCUGCCCAAGAUUCAGCAGCAGAUCCUCACCCGCUUUCUACAGGGCAAACCGCUCAUAACCCUUAAUGGUAUUCCGACAGUGGUGAACAGACAGGACAGAAAUUAUGAGAUCAUAUUUAAGGAUGUGAAGGGCAAAGUUCCACAAGAGUCAUUGCAGGCUCUCACACAACACAACCUCGUGAAGGAGCUGCAGUCCUACAGUGACGUGUGUGAAGCGCUGUCCACAGUCGAGCUGGCUCUGGGGUUCCUCGCCAUGACCGGAGGAGAGCCACACAUGCAGCUGGCCACUUAUUUGGAGGAGGUGCUACAGAUGACUGGCAACAAGGUCAAGGCAUUCAGCCGGUGCAGUCUUAAACACUGUGUGGCGCUGUGGCAGCUGCUCAGCUCUCUGAAAUCAGAGACCCUGCUGCGUCUGAAGGGGGACCCUUUUAAGGACAUCAGUGAGGAGUACAAGCACCCUCUGCAGGAGGAACACAAGAGCCAGCUCACUAGUUUUAUAACUAAGUCCAGCGCUGCUGCCUUCCUGAUGGAGAUUCAUGAAUUUCUGCUUUUAGUUCUGAAGAACCCAAAAGACACGCACACGUUCAGGCCUGACUGGGGUCUGAAAGAAACGGUUGCUCCCUACAUGGAUGGUAAAGGUCUGGACGUUCCUCCUGAGGUGGACGAGUUCUUCCCUGAAGACAUUCUGCUCUCGCAGUGCAUCGACGCGUGGAAGUUCUCUGCUCUUCUCAGACGAGAGAGAAAUCAAAUUAAUCAUGGAUAAAGUACUUGCGUGUUCUGACCCAAACACUCUUAUUAGACAAAGCUUAGUUUUGAUUUACAAAUGAUAUAUACAUGCUUACAUCACUCGCUCAGUACAGACCUUUUAAAUCCUUGGCUUUUUUGGCAUAUUGAAGACUUCACUUUCUCCACUUAUAUGCAGCACUGUAUACUGUAAUAUUAUAACCAUAAUCUGUCAAAGUAUCUCUCUAGGAUAGUUAGCAAGUGUAGUACAACUUGUUACAACAUAUAAAAAGUUUUUUUUUUUUAAAUGUGUUUCCUUGAUACUCGAAGUACAUAUAAACUCAUUUAAGUCCCGACUCGAGGACCGUUACCAAUCACAUCCCACUUUC